GUAAUACUCCGUACACGACCUGUCUGGUCUGCUGCGAUCAUGACUGUUAUUGUCUAACUACCGACUCCGUACACACUACUUGAUUCUUCACUUGUUUGAACAAAAAAUCGUCUCACCUCGCACAUCAAUCAACUUGAACUUAGCACUGCCCCUCGCAGGCAGCGAGGUCACCGAGCCAAUCGUCCCGUGAUGGCGAAAAAACGCUUGCACACCAAAUCCCGCUUUGGCUGCGACCAAUGCCGCCAGCGCCGGGUCAAAUGCGACGAAAAGGCUCCCAUUUGUUCCAUGUGCAAGCAGAAGGGUCAUGUAUGCAUCUUUUCUCGAAUAGGCCCCAGGAUGCGACCGCGGGAAGACUGCAUUCAUUUCCCGAGGCCGCCACAUGGAAACAUCUGUCAAUUGACCGCCGAUGUCUCCUCAUCUGUUUUCCAAGGAUCACAGAGUGCCAGAAAUUAUCCGACCCCCGGGUCCACUCCUCCUCAGCUUGCGAUUUCUACUAGAUCGCGCGAGCUUGAGCUGAUGCACCGGUGGGGUGCCCGGACCUCUGUAUGUUUCUCUACGAAACGGAAUCUACACGUACGAGACCUUGUAGCGAGAAAAGCGCUACAGCAUGAUUACGCGUUGAAUGCCCUUUUCGCGCUCGCAUCGAUCGAUAUUGCUUGCAGUUCAGAAGACGUAACACGUAGGCUUGAUUACGGGCGAUCGGCUUUGCAAUACCAGAACAGGGCUCUGAUAGGCUUGAGCAAUGUUCUGUGCGAUCUCUCGCCCGCCAAUUGCGAUGCAAUCACGAUAUCUUCCAUCUUGAUCAUGGUAUGCACGAUGGUACAACCACUCCUGCGUCUCAACCAAGACAACAAUAACCCAGAGGUGUCAGAUAUUGUGCUAUCCGCUGCAGUCUGUGUGAAAGGAAUCUCUGCCAUAAUCGAUAUUAGCGAUCAGUGGCUCCGAAAUGGGCCAAUGCAUUUCUUGCUAUAUCAACGCGAAAGAGACCUCUCUGUCCCUUCGUGGACCACAUUUCCUAUUGAACGCCUACACAGUAUCAACAGGGACGAGUGUUCUGGAGAAGUGCAUGGGCUUUUCGAAGAUGCUAUUUGCCAGUUGAAGCAAUACAUUGACCUAGAUGUCUCUGUUGUGCCCUGGCUCAUGACGGUCGGACAACCAUUUCGCAAUGAAUUGCAGCAAGAGAAUAGCAUGUCUUUGCUUAUACUUAUGCACUGGGGAGUAGCGCUUGAGACUUUUAACAACACUUGGUGGGAGAGCUUUGCCGGCCGACGUAUUGUAGAAGAAUCUUCGACCAAGUUGCUCUCAAGAGGUAACCCUUGGCCACUUCCUACAACCUGGUGCCGACAAUACGUUGGUCUUCAAGGGUAAUCGUAGAGUUGAUAGUGUCGCCUAAGUAUUAAAGUGUUAGUCUUCGCGCAGUCUGUGUCACAGCCAUUUUAUAAGAGUCAUGUUGAUAGCGGAUAGCAUGUGUAUUAAUUCAUAAUACAGAGUGUAUGACCCA